CCGGGAGGAACGGCCGGCGGCGGCGGAGGCGCGGGGCGCGCUGUCAGUCCGGGGUCUGGCCAUGGAGGCGGAGCCGCCGCUCUACCCGGUGGCCGGGUCCGUGGGGCCGCAGGGCGACGAGGACCGACUCGGGGCAGCGGACGGGUGCGAGGCCCCGCUGGACGAGCUGGUGGGCGCGUACCCCAACUACAACGAGGAGGAGGAGGAGCGCCGCUACUACCGCCGCAAGCGCCUGGGCGUGCUCAAGAACGUGCUGGCCGCCAGCGCUGGCGGCAUGCUCACCUACGGCGUCUACCUGGGCCUCCUGCAGAUGCAGCUGAUCCUGCACUACGACGAGACCUACCGCGAGGUGAAGUACGGCAACAUGGGCCUUCCCGACAUCGACAGCAAGAUGCUGAUGGGCAUCAACGUGACACCCAUCGCUGCCCUGCUCUACACACCGGUGCUCAUCAGGUUUUUUGGCACCAAGUGGAUGAUGUUCCUGGCCGUGGGCAUCUAUGCGCUCUUUGUCUCCACCAAUUACUGGGAGCGCUACUACACACUGGUGCCCUCAGCCGUGGCCCUGGGCAUGGCCAUCGUUCCUCUCUGGGCCUCCAUGGGCAACUAUAUCACCAGGAUGUCGCAGAAGUACUACGAGUACUCCCACUACAAGGAGCAGGAUGAGCAGGGCCCUCAGCAGCGUCCACCGCGGGGCUCCCAUGCACCCUACCUCCUGGUCUUCCAAGCCAUCUUCUAUAGCUUCUUCCAUUUGAGCUUUGCCUGUGCCCAGCUGCCCAUGGUUUACUUCCUGAACUACUACCUGUAUGACCUGAACCACACAUUGUACAACGUGCAGAGCUGCGGCACCAACAGCCACGGCAUCCUUAAUGGCUUCAACAAGACGGUUCUGCGGACAUUACCGCGGAGCCGAAACCUCAUCGUGGUGGAGAGCGUGCUCAUGGCGGUGGCCUUCCUGGCCAUGCUGCUGGUGCUGGGGCUGUGCGGUGCAGCUUACCGGCCCACCGAGGAGAUCGACCUGCGCAGCGUGGGCUGGGGCAACAUCUUCCAGCUGCCCUUCAAGUACGUGCGUGACUUCCGCCUGCGCCACCUGGUGCCCUUCUUCAUCUACAGUGGCUUUGAGGUGCUCUUUGCCUGCACGGGUCUCGCCCUGGGCUAUGGAGUGUGCUCCAUUGGGCUGGAGCGGCUGGCCUACCUCCUUGUGGCCUACAGCCUGGGUGCCUCAGCUGCCUCGGUCCUGGGUCUGCUGGGGCUGUGGUUGCCACGCUCAGUGCCCCUGGUCACUGGGGCAGGGCUGCACCUGCUGCUCACUCUUGGCCUCUUUUUCUGGGCCCCUGCACCUCGAGCCCUGAAACACAGCUGGGUCCUCUAUGUGGCAGCUGCCCUCUGGGGUGUGGGCAGUGCCUUCAACAAGACCGGACUCAGCACACUCCUGGGAAUCCUGUACGAGGACAAGGAGAGGCAGGACUUCAUCUUUACCAUCUACCACUGGUGGCAGGCAGUGGCCAUCUUUAUGGUGUACCUGGGUGCCAGCCUGCCCAUGAAGGCUAAGCUGGCGGUGCUGCUGGUGACUCUGGUGGCGGCGGCGGCCUCGUACCUGUGGAUGGAGCGCAAGUUGCGGCGCGGGAUGGCCCCGCGCCAGCCGCGCAUCCCKCGGCCGCAGCACAAGGUGCGGGGCUACCGCUACCUGGAGGAGGACAACUCGGACGAGAGCGACGCGGAGGGGGCGCGCGGCGGGCGCGACUGCGCCGAGGAGGAGGCGGCAGGGCCGGGCCCGGAGCCAGCCGCCCUCUGCCGCCGGCCCUGCCCCUACGAGCAGGCGCUGGGGGGCGACGGCCCCGAGGAGCACUGAGGCCGGGGCGCCCUGCUCGCUGGCCGCACGGCCGCCCCGGGUGGCCGGUCCCGGGAGCCCUGCGCCCUCUGUGAUCUGGGUCCCGAAGCCACCCCAGAGCCCAGGGCCACUGGAACCGCGGCGGUGCGGGGGGCCUAGGGUCCAAGCACAGCCGAAGCCCUGAGGGACACCACUGGACCCCGCCCCAGCCCGGGGCCGCUGCUGGACCGCUUGUGACUCUUGUGACUCCCGCUUUGCACUUCCUAGGAGAGCCUGACUUUUUAUAGAAAAUAAGC